GAACUUAUAUUUGUUAAUUUCCCACGCAUUAUCGCUCAUGCUAUACAGCUUUAAGAAACUUCGUUUUUCAUAAUAUGUCCGGAAAAAGUCAUAAAGAAUACUCCGAUGAAGUGUUUAAACUUACACUAGAGAGAAAUUUAGUGUACUUGACAGAGCAUUUGGAAUUGCAAGGUUUAUUCUUAACACGUUUGCAGGAAUUAAAAAUUAUUGAUGGUAAUCAAGUAGAUGAUAUUAAGCAGCAAGGCGUCAGAUAUAAAAUGGCGACGUCGUUACUCGAUAAAAUGAUCAGAAAGGCUCAUUUAUUGGGACCAUUUCUUUUGGCUUUAGAUCAGGACGGGCAAACUCACAUCAGAAAAAAAAUAGAAAAUUACCUCCCCUUGGCUGAGAAAGAACUUCAAGACAAGAAGGAUGAAGAAGAUCGAUUGAAAGAAAAAUUUGGAAUACGAUAA